CUGAAGGACCUCAGGACGCCGCUCAUGCGCAUGCGCGAACUUGCACGCACUGUUCAAAACAAUUGUUACUCGAGUCUGUGAUAUUUACAUCAUAAACAUCAAACGAAAGUUCGUAUUUAAACUCGAGACGCCUUAAGCAUCAAUCUUUUCCUCUCCGGAAGAUGAAAUAUAAAGCAGGCUGAAUGUGGGAUGGACACGUACAUCGACGAUCAGUCUGAUGCUGCCAGACAACAGGAGAGACACUAUUACCUGCUUUCAGAGCUGCAGGCGCUCGUCAAGGACCUGCCCAGCUCGUUUCAGCAGCGUCUGUCCUACACCACGCUCAGUGAUCUGGCUCAAGCGCUCAUCGACGGGACGGUGUAUGAAAUAGUUCAAGGGCUGCUGGACAUUCAACACCUGACGGAGAAAAACCUCUACAACCAGAGACAGAAACUGCACAGCGAGCACAGAGCUCUCAAGCAGGAUUUGGUUCGGAAACACAAACAGGCUCUGCAGACGUGCAAGUCUCACAAUCUGGCCGUUCUGAAAACCAACCAGAGAGCAGAAACUGAGGCUCUUGAUCAGCGGGUGAAAGAAGAGCAGAGGAUGAUGGAUGAGAAGGUUGUGGCUGAGAUGGAUCAGAAGGUUCUGGAUCAGCAGAACAUGCUGGAGAAAGCAGGCGUGCCGGGUUUCUACAUCACCACCAACCCACAGGAGGUGAUGAUGCAGAUGAAUUUGCUGGAACUGGUCCUGAAGCUGCAGCAGAAAGAGACGGUGUCUGGAUCUCUGCCCUGAAGACGGUGAAAGAACCGGACACCAGUCCAGCUUCUCAGUUUCAACAUGAAAUAAGUGUGAAUGACCUGUUUUGACUGCAGCAGGACGUUGGACCUUUGGAAGUUUUAUAAGAAUCUCUUUUAGUUGAUGACAAUGCACUGGAAAUGUCUAUAACAUGACAAUGGACGACACUGAAGACGUGCCCACCGCUUUUCUUUUGACAUUAAAUAUUGUUUUGUAAAUAUAUGUAAAAUUUACAACUAAGCUUGUUUGCACACAUUAAUGCGCUGUUAUGAUAUGUUAUGAUUUGUCAAGGAACCAUAUUUGUUUAUUCUUGAAUAAUUACUAAAAACGACAUUUAACGCA